CGGUCAAUUUUUUUGUUCCCAAGAUAAACGUUGAGCAACGAAAUUGGCCUAAUUUUAUAUUCAAAUAGUUCGUCUGUCACGGGAGGGUGGAUAUGAGACAAAAAAUAAAUAUAAAAAAAAAAGAGCCAAACAAAAUGAGAAGAAAAAAGAAUAAAAUUGGACUAAUCUUUGACUCCCUGGGCUGGCGAUGGCGAUCAUUGGGGAAAGUUUUGAUUAUAGUCAGCGUACCGCGUGGUAUAUCUCGACAAUAUUUCGCCCGUGACGUUCCUUUCUCUCGGUAUGUUCACCUCGAUGCUCACUUCACUUAUGAAAUGAAGAAUAUUCCUUCGUUAUUCUCAUUCUUUUUUUCACACCUUAUAUAUAUCCCAAUUUUUCUCCACCCUAAACUUUAUUUUCGACGAAAUCUUUUGCCGUACGCGUAUAAAAUAAAAUUAAUUCAUUGCGCAAUAAAAUAAUCUAUAAUCUGCAAGAUGGGUGAAAGUGAAUCUUGGUAUUUGUUUCCGGAAGAGUUUUGAGCUUACGUACGUACGGGGUAGGCGUUGAACUUUGUAAGUUACGACGAAGAUCCCACAGUGGGUACUCUACAGUUAGGAGGGAGUUGUGGUUUCUUUACUCGUCUAUGAGGUAGAAAUAACAGUCACUCAAACUGUAACGUUCAAGAGUGCAGCAUUAGAGUAAAAUUUACUCUGAUGUUGAGAAUUUCGAAUCAUCUGACAAAACUUUGUCAAUUUCAAACAGUAUACACACGGUGCCCUCCACUCGUUGUUUCAAACGUGAUUCAUGUAUAAAAAAGAAAAGCGAACGAAAAUCGAAGAUGGAUAAUUUUUUAUUCUAUUAUCUUUUUCGUUUAUUCAUUUUCGCAAAAACCAUCGUCUGAAAAAGCUCGAAUUUUCUCCACGCGAAAUCGAUCGGUUGAAACUGCAAACUUCUUCCACCAAAAAUUUCAUCGCAUCGAUAAAAUUACCGUAGAGAUGAAGUUCGCGAUAAUUAACCUAAUCAAACUCACUCGACGCGAUGACGAUGAUAACGACGAACGCGCCUUGCAUCGCAAUCAUCUGCAUUUGUGCUGUGGGUACCAGAGUUGACAAUCGAUGGUCGGUUGCGUCAUAUGCACGAAGCUAAUUGAUAGUUCUAAAAUAAUUAGGUGAAAAAAAAAAAAAUGUUCGAGCUGAUCAUCAUCGUUUAAAUUUUACAUCCAAUCACGUUGGGUACAUUAUGCAACGUUAAUCUUGGAAUAAGCACCCCAUGUACCUUGAUAUUGCCGAACAAAUAUUGUUUUCGGUUUUUUUCCUCUCAAAAACGGGAUAAAUGAUAACGUUAUUGGAUUCAACACUCUGGCAGUGCGUCCUGGAACGCCUUAAUUAGUGUUCGAUGUGCCGUUCGUUGCGUGAGAUUAUUACUAUCCGAUGGUUUACAAGCAUAUCGAAAAGAAUUAAAAAAAUAAGUUUCAAAGCUCCAGAUAACGGAUUACGAACGUUAAUAUGCGUUAUGACGCUAUUAGUGAUCGCAACAUCCCGUAACACCCAAGGCACCGAGGUCAUCCCACGGGUGCGUUCUUGGCGACGCAGAUAUAACGAGAGUCCAGAAUCACUGUAUCUUAGCUAUGGCGGUAACCCAUGGGGCACAUCUUCGCCCACCAUUUACGAAAACCACCACAAACAUUUUUUAAAAAAAGAAAAUAUCAACACACGGAGCAACGAUUCCGAGGAGAUAGAAGCAGCGCCGUUUCGAGGUGCGAGUAAUUCGUCGUUAAGAAGAUCAAAACGGGGAGUCGUACACCUUUAUAAUAUGGUAGUGUGUGCUACCGGGUGCAAUCCGCUUGCGUACAAAGGAUACGGAUGUUACUGCGGUUUUUUAGGAUCGGGAUACACGAUAGACGGAAUCGAUAGAUGUUGUAAAAUGCACGACUGGUGCUACGAAGCAUCGGAUUGCCCAAUGUUCAUGGAAUAUUUCGUUCCGUAUUACUGGAAAUGUUAUCGUGGAUACAAACCGAUAUGCGCCGUGCAACACGGAGAUUGGGGAGGAUCGGGAUCGUGUGCGCAACGUUUGUGCGAAUGCGAUCGUGCAUUGGCAGAAUGCCUUCGUAGAUAUCCCUGUCCGACAACCAAAGCUGUGUGCACCUCUUCGCCGUGGAGAUUGGUGCAAAACCUGUUUAUGCUUUUGUGAACCGUAUGAUCUAUUUGCUAACGAAAAAAAGACAAUUCUUACAGCUAAUAGUAUGAAUGCUGGCGAAGGUGAAAACAGUGGCGUGAUUGAUUUAAUGAAA